GUGAUGGGAUGGAGGGGGGAGGAGGAGGAAAAUGAAGAGGAGGAGGGUGCAGGGGAUGGAAGGAGGGGAAAGUACAGAAGACAAAAGAUCCGUAAAAACAGAAAGCAGUUGUGGAGGACGGCAAAAAGUUCUUGUAAAGCUCACCUCUCACAAGUUGAAGGAAUGGGCAACUUCCCAGUGGUCCUGCUCCUCUGCGUUUUCCACGCUCUCACAGCUGUAGUCCGAGCCCAGCAGACCGAGCCUCCUGAAGGUACCCCGUUACCAUCUAACUGCAGGGAGGAGAUGUAUCCUUGCACCAGGAUGUACUCAGUUCACAGACCCAUCAAGACCUGUCUUGGCAGACUUUGUCUCUACAGCCUUCCACGCAUGUAUGUGAUCAACAAUGAGAUCUGCAUGCGGACGGUGUGCCAGCAAGACGAAUAUCUGAAAGCUGAACUGUGCAGAGAGUUGUCUGGGUGGCCCAAACGUAUUGCAAGGUCUUCUUCUGGGAAGCGCUGCCGCAGUCGUCGUAACAACCCCAAGACCUGGGCCAACAAGGCCUGAUGUGGCCCAGAUAGGUGAUUUUAUCCAUCAGCGAGGACGAUGCGUUCGCUCCGCAGCUGGGAAUCUCCUCCUUUUCUCUCUGACACGGUCAUGUGUGCUCAGUCAUGUCUUUGAUCAUGUAUCAACCUUUUUAUUGUCUGUGAAUACGAAAGCUACGUUCAUUUUAUGGGUGUUUCGGGACUUCCAUGGUUUAUGAUCCAUUUAAGGUAUUGUGGUAGUGGGCCUAUAGCAGCACUGAGUCAUUUUAUGUUAGAUAAAAACAAAAAAAGUAGAAGUUGUGACUGUAAAAGGUACCUGUUAUUAUGCACAGCAGUUUAAACAAUAAAACACAAACAACAUUU